AUGUUCGUCGUAUGCAUCUUCUUGCACCGCCCGUUCUUCUCUGUCCCCGUCGUGGUUCAGGGCCUGGAGGUGGUCGAGGCCCUCGGGGGGCGGUCUCUCCCCUGCGCAGAGGAGGAGCGGGAACUUUCCUGGGAGGAGCUCGUGCCGCUGGUGGACACCACGGUUCACAUGGACUCCUUCUACCCGGACUUCAUGCGUUUGCUCUUGGACCGGCCCCAUGACAUGGUGCCUGUCCCGCUUCUCAUGCAUGCCUGGGCGAUGUGGACUCGGUCCGCAAUCCCCGGAUGGCGCCCGAUCGGCGUGCAAGGAUCGUACGCCUCGAGGCCCGGUUUGCUACAAUGUUGGUGGUUUGGCACACGCAAGCACGGGGAGGACAUGUUCUCCUACCUCCAUGCGCAUGGUGUGGUUUGCCGACCGGCAACUUCUGUGAGCGAUGUGAUGGCCCCCCUUGCAAUGCCUGUGAAGAGCAGUUCACCUAUUGUGUGCCCUGCCUUCAGCGGUCGUUUGAGGAUUGAGGUGCAGCCACCAGGCGCAGUUGGGAAGCCCGCCUGCGCUGAAUGCGGCAAGCGCAUGCUCAUCACCAAUCUAUGGCUUGUGAAAACCCUCAUGUACCAGGUCACCACGAGCAGGAAGCGCCAGAAGGUCGGGGAGAACCUGCACACGGAUGUCCAGGAAGAGUGCAGGGCUACUUGGAGGCCGGACUCUGGGGGCCGAUAG